GGCGGGACUUCCGCCUGCUGCCGGAAAGGAGGAUGUGUUUGUGAGUUUGGAGGGAAUUUCAAUGAAAACAGUCGCGCUGGUUCCUCGAUAACUAUGAUAAACAAAUAUAACAUAUGAACGGAUAACGCUGGCCAUGGAUCGAAAGGCGGAGAGGCUCGUGAGUCAGCUGUGUAAAGCAGUGAAGGAUGGAGACCCGAGAUCUGUGCUGCUGCUUCUUUCACAAGGUGCAUGCCCCGACCUGGUGGGUGGUAAAGGGGUGGCUGCCUUACACUUGGCUGCUGGCAAAGAGACUGAGAAGAACACACGCUGCCUGAAGAUGUUGCUGCAAUAUGGAGCGGACCCCAAUAUCAGGUCAUCAGACGGCCUGACUCCUCUUCACAUUGCUGCACUGUGGGGAUGUUAUCAAAAUCUGAAGCUGCUCUUGAUGAACGGAGGGAACCCAAACAUUAAAGAUAAUGAAGGGAAUGCACCAGGGCAGCUCGCAGAGCAACAGGAGAAUCGAAAAUGUGCCCAGCUCCUUCAGGAGCACCAGUCCAGCUCAGUGGAGACAGAGGAGGACGACUUACCUCAAUUCCAAUACUCUGUGUAUUCAGACCAAACAGACACAUCCAGCUAUCCUGAGUCAGACUACAGCUUCAGUUCCCGCUCUUCUAUGAUAAGUGACUUCGGUGAAGCCCUAUUGAGCAGCACAAGGCACUCAUCAUUUUUCAACCUGUCAAACAUUAAUGGAAGGCCAGAGUGCAGAGGAAUAUCAUAUAACAGACUUUCUGACAUGGACACUAAGAGGCAUCUCAGCCAGGACUGGAACAAUGCCUCCUCACAUCGGGCAUCUGAAGGUCCCUCCAUACUAUCAAGCACUCGCAUGUCUGCAGCGGGACCUGCAGCUGCAAUGCCGACUCUUAAGGAGGAGGAUUUAUGUACUGAUGAUGGUGUGUUCACAUCAAAAGCAAGUGAACAUGUUGCCACAACUGAUGGCAGAGUCUCCCCCUCCAGAAGAGACACUCUCCAAGCGUUUCUCUCCAGGCGAGCGAGUCGUAAGAGUGUGAGCUUCAGAAAUGUGGAUGAGUAUUUCCCUGUUUUUAGUCCUGAAUCCCCCAAACAGCAACUUGGUGUUGACGGAGGCGGCCAGUGCUCCAGCAACUUAUCUUUUGACAUGUCUGAGUACACUGACUUCCUGGAUUCCGAUCGCAUGGCCACUGUUUUACACAAGCAGGGCAUCGACGUCACAUCUCCGGAUCACGUUUAUGUUUUUUGCAGGGAGAGCAGCGGGAGUGCAGAGGAGGACAUGGAGAAAACGGUCAUCAGUCCCUGUGAUUUGGAAGAGAGUGAUGAUGAACGUGUAAAAGAGGCUCAGGUGGAUAUAGCAGAUCGGCCAGCCCGUUGCCACGUUGGCAGCAGUAGCAGCGGUUCUGGUAGUAGUCAUUAUAGUAGCUGUGAAAGCGAUGACCAUUACACCAGUGCUCUGGAUGCUUCUAUACACCCCAGGCAUCGUUUACUCCCCAAGGUAAAGGAGGUUUCUCUUGAGGCUGAAUCUGACAAAGAGAUUCAGAUUUGUACAGACUCUGAUUGGAAUCUUCCACCUGUUCAAACAGAACCACAGGUAGAUUCAAAACCUGAAACUAAAGAGCAUGCACCAGGUAUGUGUGACAAACUGGAAGAACACCCAAACAGUGUAUUGUUUGAGGCUUGUAAUGGUGCUGUUGUGGACACUUCAAGUGAAUGUGGUGUUGACACCCCAUUGAAUGAUGCAGCUGAGGCGUUACAGGAAAACGUCCACCUCCCGUUCACUCCAAGUCCUUUUGUAACAGGCAGGACUCGCUCCCGGUUGAGUCGCUGCUCAUUGAGAACAAGCCAAACCCCCGAAAGCCUCCUCGCCACGUCUUCUCUGUUUGAAGAGACCCUCCCCACACCGUUUCGAACACGCCGCCAGACGCCCAGAUCUCAGAGCAGUGAAGACUUUUACAGUUCACCACAUGCACCUUAUUACACACCAUCCUAUGCAGACAGUAGCGCGGGACUUGCCUCCUUGUUGCCUGCUGAUUGCCAGGACACACAGUCCAGCACCCUCAGAGCCGGUUCAAGUGUUAGCGAUAGCCAAGCCGACACUCUCGUCCUCUCCAAGAGCGUAACCGAUUCUGCUUCUGAAUCGCAGACUUUGUCUGACACAGUCAUACUGGAGGAAAAGCAGGACUCUUCAAUGGAUGCUUAUGAGAGAAACCUUGCAGAGGUCAUAAUGGCCAUGCGAGGCCAUAAUCUUGUUGAAGGUAGGGACUUUCUGACUGAUGAUGUGACUAGUACAGAUGAGGCAACAACAGAGAGAAACGUAAAUGAUGCUUCUGGUCAGGACAAAGUAGAAAGCCCAAAAGACGCCUGGAUCACUGAGGACUACAGCUCUCAGCUGGACUCUGUCUCAUCUUCAUCCAGCUCCACCUAUUUUUCCCCAAGGAGGUCCAGGGAAGAUUCCGACCUUCCUUGCACUCCAGGCACCGGAUGCACCCCCAGGUACAGCAUGAGCCGGCUGUCGAGCUGCCGCAGGCCGCAACACCUGGCCAGCCUGUCUUACACCCCUGGAGGGCGUCCGCUCAUUCAGGAUCUGGACGAACCGGUGGAGUACCUCUACACCGACUCGGAACAGGGCCACAAGCUGAUCGAGACUCACGUCCCGCCUACGGCGAACACCUCACUCAGCGCCAGCAUGAGUACCAGCAGCAGCAGCGAGGAUACCAUCCUUUAUGACUGGCGCUCCACGCAGACUGACAUGAGGAACGGAGGAAAGGAGAACCAGAAGCCCCAGAUGGUGCCGCAGAAGGAGGAAAAUGACGAGGACAGACUGUUGCCGGAGACCAAAGGGUUGACUGACAGGGAGCUGAGAUCGAGGCUAGUAGAGAUGGGGGAGAGCCCGGGCCCUAUCAGCUGCCGUACCAGACCCACCUACAUGCGAAGGCUGUGCCGUCUGUUGCAGGAGUCAAAAUCCCAAUCAGCACAUCCCCAGCAGCAGUUAGACCAGCCACAGACAGAUUUAGGUUAUAGUCCAGAAUUGUGUCGCGCCCUGCGGAUUUUCGAGCUGCCUGACUGCCAGGCUGACGAGCAGGCUUUGUGCCAGCAGUUUGACCAGCCAGAUCAAAACAGGAAGUGGAGGGAGGGCAUCAUCAAGUCCAGCUUCAACUACCUGCUGCUCGACCCAAGAGUGACAAAAAACCUCCCGUUCCGCAGUCACACCAUGACUCCACACGAGUGUUUCCACACAUUUAUCCACGCUAUAUUUUAUGUGGGCAAAGGAAAGCGCUCCCGUCCCUACAGCCACCUGUAUGAGGCUUUAGAGUACUUCAAAGGAGACAAGACUUCCAAGAAACUGUGCUCCAAAGUGCAGCACAUUCUUCAGGUGUGGAACGGCGAGCAGGGUGUCAUCUCUCUGCAUUGUUUCCAGAACGUCAUUCCAGUAGAGGCUUACACAAGAGAGGCCUGCAUGGUGGAGGCCAUCGGGUUGAAGAUGCUCACCAAUCGGAAGCGAGGCGAUUUUUACGGCGUGGUGUCCAACUGGCAGUUGAAGAAGAAACGGGACUUAGGCGUCCACCUGCUCUACCGGGCCAUGCAGAUCUUCCUGGCAGAGGGUGAAAGACAGCUCAGACCAGCAGACAUCAGACAGUAGUGACCCCCACUGGAGGGGGGUAAGAACAGCAGUCGAAUGCACAGAUGG